AUGGAUGCCCAGCUCGGAAUCCACCCUGCGCCGCUGGAGAGCGCACCUCGGGGGGGCAACUUCGAGGGGAGCCGCCGGAGAGGGGGCGGCCGGGCCGCCUGCCUCGCUGGCUCUCAGUCCCUGCGGCCGGCUGUCCCAGGGGCCGCGUUCAGCGCGAGGCCGGGUGCGGUCGUGACCCAGUGGGGCCUGGAGCAGGUCUCGCACAUCGGCAAGCUGAGAGACUUCCUUCUGGAGCACAGGAAAGACUACGUCAACGCGUCCAGCCACGUCAUGUCUGAACACGGGAGGAUGACGGACACGGAACGAGACCAGAUAGACCAGGACGCCCAGACGUUCAUGCGCACCUGCUCGGAAGCCAUCCAGCAGCUGAGGACGCAAGGUGACGCCGCCCGCCGCGCUCUGGCUGCUCAAUGGGCAGCGGCCCUCGGGCCGGAGGGCGUCUGGCCUCACGAAGCCCGGUCCGACAGCGGGAGCCCGCGGCGUCCAGUGGGAAGUCCGUGUGGGCGCACUGGGCGCUGCUGGGGUCUGGGUGCCGGCGACGCCGCCUGUGCGGGCCUGCAGGCCUCGGCUGCGGUGGCACCAGGCCGGGGCCUCACCAGGGCUCACGGUGCCCGGCCCCCUUCUGUGGGCACUGAGCUUGCGCUUCUGUCCUUUAGGUCCAAGCUGGAGCCAGAGCCAAACACCAGGACAAGGGAGCCCGGCUCCGCGGAGAGAGUUCCCGAGAGCCCUUCGAAGGACCCUGAGGAGAAAUCUGUCGCUGGCGACCACCCAGCCGGAGAAGUGAGGCGACAGGGCCCCACCACUUGUGGGGCUCCGCGCUGGCGAGGCGGCUCGCGAGGGGGCGUCCACACAGACGCCCGCUGGACCCUGGGCCUCUCGCUCAGCGUCCCUUCCCGUGCUGUUUGCUUCCAGUUUGAACAGGAAAACCAGCGCCUGAUCGGCGAGAUGAACAGCCUGUGUGACGAGGAGGCCGAGAUUGACAGCAUCCACCAGCUGGUCGUUGGGGCGACUGAGAACAUCAAGGAGGGCAACGAGGACAUCAGAGAGGCCAUCAAGAACAACGCCGGCUUCCGAGUGUGGGUCCUCUUCUUCCUGGUGAUGUGCUCCUUCUCCCUGCUCUUCCUCGACUGGUACGACAGCUAGCCGGCGCCCGGGAGCGAAGCAGAGGACGCCGCGCCCGCGGCUGUCAGCCGGGUCAGCGGCUGGGGAAGGCGAGGCACGUGGUGCCCAGGCAGGCCCGGACGGGGCAGGGGCCCCGGCCCAGAGCGCUCAUGUAUCUCACGCCUGUGGCUCCCGUCCACUAGGGCGGGGGGCCAGGCCUGGCUGCUGCCCCAACACCCUCCUGCGCCUGGGCCCGUGCGCCGACCCCGGGACCGCUGCAGGGAGCACCCUCUGGUGCUCGCGGGCAGGCAGGCCCGGGCGGCUGUGGACCCCGGGUCUGUUGGCCGAGUGGAUGUGUCAGGUGUGGACAGUCAAUAAAGCAGGCUGGCCGCCCGCUGCCUCGUGGUGCCCGCUGGACGCGCACGGUCAGGAAGCCACAGCAGGCCGCCCGCCGCCCGUGCAGGGAGUGAUGGCUCAGGGUGACACGCCGGGGGCAGCGAGUGGGGGCCGUGGGGCGCCUCCCUCCCUGCGCCUCAGAGCAGCCGUGUGGGCGCCAGGCCGCGGCCUUCGCCCCCCACCCAGGGGCCGGUGCCGCGGCCACACACACGCCCUUCCGGCGCUGGCCGGCCGGGGGAGGACAGUGGGGCUCGUGGGAGGCUCCGGAGAGGGCUGCAGCAUUUUCCAGAAAUCACCGUGAAUGCAUGAGUUAUCUGAGGUCCAAACCCUUGGUAUGUCCAGUGUAAAUUUAUUUUUGACAGCAUCCAGUAACCCCAGCAGAGCAGCUAAAUAAAGAUCCCUCGACAUGAGACGUGGCCAGAGCCCCCCAAGCAGUGCCGACGUGCACUGGCCCUGUGCCCGCGCGUGGUCUGCAGCAGGUUGUAUUU